GGAUUAAACUUUCUGCAUACACUCUCUGUGGUUAACCUUCUGCAUUAACCAUCGGCAAAUCCAGCCGCCCAGCCUUGUAAAUGUGCAGCAGCGGCGGGAGCUGAGAGGCAGAAUAACAGAGGGAUCGGUGGCACAGUCAAGUGGCUGCGUGCUUCAGCUCUGCACGCUCCUCAGCCCCCUGCGCUCAUCCUGAACAGCAGUUAUAGACUAGGACUUCUCAAGAGGAUCCGGCAAUUAAGGAAAACAAAAAUAGAAACAAAAAUUCUCAGCAGACCUGGCAAAAAAGGUUAUUUUAACUUGUCUGUAACUUUCAGCAGAGAAAGGAUAACUUUGCCCUAUGUGUUUGCCCGAAAAGCUUGCCGUUAAUCCGAGGAGGGCGAGCUGGUAUUUGGCAGCACGUUGGACCCUCACCGUUCCCCAAUUAGUGUUUUUACCACCGACGGAAUAGAAGGGACGUGAUUGCUUUUGAGAAAUUUGUUAACAAAGAGAACCCGCGAGAGAGCGGAGAAUGCACUCUAGUGUUUGGAUAAAGGAGCCAGUUAAUGAGGACAGUUAAUGAGGACGUAGAGGGUAUCAUUACGUUUAGCCGAGCUCGGACAUGGGGAGACGAGUAGGACACUGACCAGACAAGGUAUGAUUUUAUCUGAAGAUCUCCUCUCUACUGAUUAGAGGACUGCACACUGAAUACAGAUCUUAUCCUGCAAGUAAUCAGCUACUGAUUGGGCAGCGUGGAUACAGAACACAUAUACACUUGAUACUGGCACCGCAGCAAGGGACUGUUUGUCAUCACAUCUUGGGGCCCCCCAGGCUGCUGACAUGUAAGUGCAGCUCUUUCUGCCCACACCGCCAACAGCCUGACGUUAUAUUACCAUCAAACUUUUACUGUCUUUCUGGGAUUGGAAGUUGGGCGCAAAAUGAACGUCUCUGUCCAGAUAUCAUCUCAAGAUAGCUGCCACCCAGAGUCAGUGCUCAUUCCUGUGCUGUACUCGCUCAUCUUCCUAGUGGGCACAGUUGGUAACAGCCUGGUACUGGCGGUGCUGCUGAGAAAUGGCAAAGUCAAUAAUACCACCAACCUCUUCAUCCUGAAUUUAGGGGUAGCCGACUUGUGUUUCAUCAUUUUCUGUGUGCCCUUUCAAGCCACCAUCUACACCCUGGACAGCUGGGUCUUUGGACCCUUUAUGUGCAAAGCAGUGCACUUCUUCAUCUACCUCACCAUGUAUGCCUCCAGCUUUACCUUGACCACUGUCUCCCUGGACAGGUACCUUGCCAUACGUUAUCCUUUGCGUUCGCGGGAGCUGCGCACCCCCAAGAAUGCACUGUUGGCCAUUACGCUCAUUUGGAGCCUUUCAUUGGUGUUUUCUGGCCCUUACCUCAGCUACUACCAAGAGUUCCAGCUGUCUAACCUGACUGUGUGCCACCCUGUUUGGCAGGACUCCUACCGCAGGGCCAUGGACCUUUGCACUUUUGCCUUCAGCUACGUCAUCCCUGUGCUGAUACUGAGCCUCACCUACGCCCGUACCAUUCGUUACCUCUGGACUGCUGUGGACCCCAUAGAGGACAUGUCUGAGUCGAAGAGGGCUAAAAGGAGGGUGACGCGUAUGAUUAUCAUCGUUGCGGUUUUAUUCUGCCUCUGCUGGCUGCCCCACCACCUGGUCAUACUUUGUGUCUGGUUCGGAUACUUUCCCCUCAAUAACUUCACAUACGCUCUUCGUAUUCUCUCCCACCUGGUGUCCUAUGCCAACUCUUGUGUCAAUCCCGUGGUCUACGCUCUGGUUUCCAAGCAUUUCCGCAAAGGCUUUCGCAAGAUAUUCCGCUGCCUGUUACUCCGACAGAGGGCGGCCAAUAAGGUCCACACUGCGCCUGCCACUCACGUCGGAGUGAGCACUCAUGAAGGGCCGUGCACAGAAGUGACCCAUAUUAGUGAGGGUCAUCUACACUGCUCUGCUUGCUGCCCUGAUCCUGGCAGCCCUUGGAAGGAGACUGAGAGACCCGGGGACAAGAGGGCCCAGUCGUUUAUCACAUUUAAUGUUACAUAAUGAGUUUGGGGUAUGGCCACCGAAUGACUCUUCUCCUCCCAGUGCCUGUAGCAUCCGGAAUCGGUGGAUUGGACUCAGGAUCAUUUACGCCAAGGGCCACAGAUGUCAUAUAAUCAUUUACAGUUGUUUGGAUUAGAAGGAGAACAUUAAAUGGAGUAGGGUAGGGUCCUACACAAGUAUAUAGCCUGUAUAUAUAGCCAUAAUGUAUGCACUGGGAAUAUCUUUUUAAUCACAUGCUUGAGAUAAUCAGAAUUUAGAUACCUACAUAUUGGCUUUCUGGAACCAUAUAUAAAGCAUUAUUCUAAGCUUUCCAUGAUUGGAGCUGAACCUUCUAUUUACAGUGUUACACUGGGGGGAAGGAAUCCAUGAAUGUAUCUUGUACAGUAGGAAACAGCUUCCCUUGGUUUGACUUGCCGUUUGCCCCUUGCGUUCUGUAUACCAUCGGGACCCAAUGGGUCACACAUUGUCAUUAUCUACAGCAGAUUUCAUUAUACUGACUGUUAUGUGUGAACACUGUCUGCUUUUACAUGAAAGUGCCUCUAGUGGGAAGGGACUAAAGGUAUGUAAAGCUGUAUGUGCUGCCAGUCGAGAGGAGCUAUUUUAUUUACGCUAUAUGACUGCACAUAACUGCUUUUUGAAGUGGAAAUUAUAUAUAUAUAUAU